ACAUUAAUUAUAAUGCUCUUUGAUGUAAACACAACAACUCUGGAGUAUGAAGUCAGAUGGUUCACCGGGAAACCUGUAAUAUAACCCGAAAGGCAUAUAAAUAGUGCUUGUAGAAGAGAAGAGGGAAAUAAUAUCUUGGAAACCACCACGAGGAUCAAUUUCAAAUGAGUAACAUAUACAUUCAAGAGCCGUCCACUGAGGGGAAGGUUUUGCUUGUUACUAGUGCUGGGGACUUUGACAUUGAAUUAUGGUCCAGAGAGGCACCCAAAGCUUGCCGAAAUUUUGUGCAACUGUGUAUGGAAAAUUACUACAAUGGCACAGUCUUUCACCGAGUCAUUCCAGGCUUCAUUGCUCAAGGUGGUGAUCCAUCUGGAAGUGGAGAAGGUGGAGAAUCCAUCUAUGGCAAACCAUUCAGAGAUGAGUUCCACACACGUCUACGAUUUGUUCGUAGGGGACUGGUUGCCAUGGCUAAUGCUGGUCCUCAUGAUAAUGGCUCACAGUUCUUCUUCACUCUUGGUCAAACCCCAGAACUACAAAACAAGCACACCAUUUUUGGAAAGGUUACAGGAAAUACACUGUACAACUUGCCUCGGUUUGAAGAAGGAGUUAUAGGAAAGGAUGACAGGCCAGAAUAUCCCCACAAGAUUAUCAAGACAGAGGUAUUGAACAACCCAUUCCCUGACAUUGUUCCUCGGUUAAAGAUUCAGAAUGAAAUAUCAAAAGAAGAACGAAAAGAGAAGAAGAAGGGCACCAAAAAUUUUAAACUUCUGUCCUUUGGUGAUGAAGCUGAAGAGGAAGAGGAAGAAGUUCUUGCAGCUACCAAAAAUUUUUCCACAAAAGGCAACUCUGCCCAUGACAUUGCCAUGGACCCAACUCUUUCAGCGAGCACUGGCAGAAGUGGAAACAAUGGGAUUGAUGCACUUGAAAGAAUAAAAAAGAAAUUGCGCCGUGAAGAGUCAAUGGAACCUAUCAAAAAUGAAAUUGAGGAACCUGACAGUAUAAUGGAAGAAAUUGUUGAGCCAGUUAAGGCAGAAGAUAGUGAAAAAAUUGAAAAAAUGGCUGAAAUACAAGCAGAGAUUAUUCAACUUAAGCAGGAACUGAGAGGGAAGCCAGCCAAAGUAGAGGUGGAGGUGAAGGAAGAGGUUGAAGAAAAGGACACUGAACCAGUCAAAGAAUACAAACUGGAGAAAGCAAAGUAUGAAGAAGAAAAGAAAAAAAUACCACGUAAGGGCACGUCAAGAGAAGAACAAACCUUAGCACUUCUGCAGAGAUUCACUGCGAAGGUGAAUAAAGCAGUGUAUGAUGACUCUGCUAGUGAAGAGGAAGGGGUUGUUGGUAAUGAAGAUGAUGAUGAAGAUGAUGAUGCAUGGAUGAGACAUCGAUUUCAUUUUGAUUCUACUAAUCCAGUACUAGCCAAGGAUGCGAGCACCAAGGAUGACAAAUGGUACGACAUGGAUGACCCAAGAAAUGUGCUCAACAAGAGAAGAAGAGAGGAGUCAUCCAGACAACCAAAGAAAUAUCGGAAAUAAACAAUCUGUCAUGAGUUACCGUAGUAGAUGUUGUUGGUUAUCAAUCUACUUAUACAUCAUAUGGAGUUGAAGUAUCAAAAAUGUCAGAUUUUGUGAAUCCUUAACUUUGUUAUAAGGCAGUAGUAAGUUCUCUGCUUACUCAUUUAUCAUUAAGUUAAAAAAAAAAUGUUUAUAUUUGAUUUAUUACAGUCCUAUUCUGACUUUUAUAAUCAAUCCUGUUUUAUCUUAUGCAAUCAAAGGAUCUAAAUGUGGAAAAAAUUACAGAUAAAACUUAGGUAUUGACAUAAAAUAACUUGAUAUCAUUAUUUAAUUCCCAAUAGAGUACAGAAAAAUACAUCUUUCAGUCUUUUAAGUCUUUAAGCACUCAAUUUACAAAUUAGAUGUUUAAUUAAUGCAUGACACUGUAAAUCAGCCAUAAGGAUAAACAUAAGUUUGACCAUCACACUUUAUCUUGUCUGGUGAAAUGGCUUUCAGGUGCUAAUAAAACUGAAAAUGUA